CGGCGGCCACAACAAACCACUGACACCACUGUAAACCACAAGCAAAUUUUGUUUUCGACAAGAAUUACAUAAUUUGUGCUGUUUGAUCAUUUUUUGCAUUAUUAUUACGUCUGUAGUAUAGUUGGACAUCCUUUUCGAGUCAACGUCUAGGCACUCUAGGCAGGGACGGACAAAUCAUUGUUUAUUUUCCAAUUGUUUUUUCAUAAUCUGAUUGUUAGUAGUAACAAUCAGAGAUGGAUUUAACCUCCGACACAUCCAGUGAUGAUGACGAUAUUUACGUUAGUGCGGCGGCCCGUCUUAAAGCUUUGAAGAAAAAGAAUCCCCUUAUCCCCCAGCCGGAUUCCCCAAAAGUAGAGACCGUUCGGACCGAAGAAAAUCUCGGAGUUACUGAUUCUCGAAAUCAAGUAGACAACACUGUCGUUACCAUCAUUUCUCCGAGUAGUAUUAGGAAUUAUGUCGUUCAUGAUGUUCCUGAUCAAUGUGGAGGUCGACGAACAAGAAACUCGAGACGGAGUGUACGUUCUGGAGUCUCUUCAAGAACAGCCACACUAGCAUCCACACAAAUUAGUCAAAGAAGAAAUCCGAUUGUUAUUCAAGAUGAUUUACCUGUCUUUGAUAUCAGUGAGGAUUCAUUUGAACACAGAGAUCAUGAUGUUUCCAAAGGGGAUGAAGAUUAUGUUGUAGAUGUAAAAAUUAAAUGGAUGUCCAAAGGAAUUGUGCGUCUUGAACUUAGAAAGCAUGAAACAUUUGAAAAAGUAUUCAAACACUUUGCGGAUGAAGAAGGGGUGUCAGAGAAACAAAUUCUCCUAACGCUGGGCAACAGGGAGAUUCUCAAGAAAGAUACGCCGGCGUCAAUCGAUCUCAAAGUCAUAGAUUUCCUUGAAGGAGGAUUGGUGAGCGCAAACGUUGCAAAUGAGAGAAACAGCAACGAUAACUGCAAGGUCAAGUUGUGUCGGGUGAAAGUACAAAUGGCAGCGUCAAAACAGAAGAUAGAGGUGGACCUAAAAAUGGAUGAAGCAUUCGAAAAAGUGGUGUCAAGUGUUGCAGAGAAGCUCAACGUAGAGCCUUCUCGGAUAAAAUUAGAAUUUGACGGUGACACAAUCAGUCCCUCCGACACUCCUGAAUCGCUGGAUCUCGAGGAUCAAGUUUGCGUUGAUCUUUAUAUUUCAUCGACGUGAACACAUUCCACGACAGCUCAAUUGUGAAAAAAUCUUGUCAAACGAUCGCUUUCUUUUCUAUUUCAUUUCUCUAUACAAUAUACACAUACAUUGUACGAAAAAAGAAAAUGAAAUUUCAGGUAAAUUUCAA